AAAACAACAAAAUAUGAUUAAAUUUUGUAACUAUAUUACAUGUAAUAUCUACUACAUAUUUGAGUGUUAUAUAUAUAUACGGUUACAAAAUUUGUUAGUACCUAUACUAACAUGAUACACUUUUAACUUCGUACAAACUUGGUCAAACAGACUAUAGAACCUUCAACGUAUCUAAGAGAUGAAAGGUGAAGUUGCAAGCAUUAGAUUAUAGUACUUUAGCCAGUGUUCCACAACCUCUUCUCUUCAUUAAGCUAGCCCUAUUUUGGAGGAAUUUAUCUUUAUAAAUUGAGAUGGAUAAGUAUGUCACAAGAUCGAAAAUUGGGUAUCCAAGUUCUAGCUCUACCAAUCCAUCUACUGCUUCAACCAUAGCUUUUAAAAUUCAAAAGAAAAUAUUUAUUUCAGAUGUUGAUUUAGCAUCUCUUGAAGCUGAUCCGGGAAUUAGAAAGCCCAUUGCAGAGUAUAAUCCUAAUAUACGUGAUGAUAUUAGGAGAUAUUAUAUUCUUAAAAAGCCUUGCCAACCUAAGGAUCAUAAAUUUCCUAAAACUAAGUUUGGGAAGGAAAUGCGGCAAUUCUUUCCUAAUUGGUUUAAGGAUCGUAAGUGGUUGGAGUAUAGCAUAACAAAAGAUGUUGCAUUCUGUUUGUGUUGCUACUUGUUUAAAAAUGAAUAUGAAAGUCGUGGAAAUGUGGUUGAUGCUGCUUUUACGAAAACCGGCUUUAGAGCUUGGAACAAAGCUACAGAAAGAUUUAGAGCUCAUAUUGGAGAUGUAAAUAGCAUCCACAACAAGUGUUUCAACAAGAUGCUUGAUUUGAUGGAUCAAUCACAAUCAAUACGCACUUCAUUUGAUAAAAAAUCCAAGAAAGAAAAAAGUGAGUCUCAACAUCGCUUGAGUGCUUCAGUUGAUGUGACAAGAUUUCUCUUGAAAUUAGGAUUAUCAUUUCGUGGACAUGAUGAGAGUCGAUCUUCUUCAAAUAGAGGUAUUUUUCUUGAACUUUUGCAAUGGUAUGGAGAUAUUAAUAAAGAUGUUGGAAGCAUUAUUUUAGAAAAAGCUCCAAAAAAUGAAAUGAUGUGUUCUCCAAGUAUUCAAAAGGAUAUUGUUGAUUCUUGUGCUAAGGAAACAAUCAAAUUUAUUCUUGAAGAUUUAGAUGGGGAUUAUUUUGGGAUAUUAGUCGAUGAAUCAAAAGAUAUAUCACACAAGGAGCAAAUGGCACUUGUUUUGAGAUAUGUUAACAAAGAAGGAGAAGUGAUAGAACGAUGUGUUGGUAUUGUUCAUGUUAGUGAUACAUCUGCUUGUUCAUUAAAGGAAUCAAUCUACUCUUUUCUUUCAGAUCACUCAUUAAGUCCAUCCCAAAUACGUGGGCAAGGUUAUGAUGGAGCUAGCAAUAUGCAAGGACAUCUAAAUGGUCUUAAAACUUUGAUUUUGGAUGAGACUCCAUCAGCAUAUUACAUUCAUUGUUUUGCCCACCAAUUGCAGUUAACAUUAGUGGCUCUUGCAAAGAAGGAUUCAAAUGUAGAUGAUUUUUUUUUUGCUUAGUUACUAAUGUGUUAAACAUUGUUGGAGCAUCUUUUAAGCGCAGGGAUUUACUUCGGAAGCACCAAGCUGAACUGUUAGAGGAGUUGCUCAUAUCAGGAGAAGUGCAUACCGGGCGAGGAUUAAAUCAAGAACGUGGACAUCAACGACCAUGUGAUACUCGUUGGGGUUCUCAUUAUAGAACAUUAGAUAAUCUUAUUGUUCUAUUUCCAUCAGUUAUUCAUGUGCUUGAAUUUACUGGAUGCGAGUGUCCAAACUAUACUGAUAGACUUCUUGCUAAAACUCUUGUGGAUACGAUUAAGAAAUUUGAUUUUGCCUUUAUGCUGCACUUAAUGUGGAAAGUUCUUAUGAUGACAAAUGAAUUGAGCUCCUCAUUACAAAGGAUGGAUCAAGAUAUUGUCAAUGCUAUGGGAUUUCUUGCUCUUACAAAGCAAAGAUUACAAAAUAUAAGGGAUAAUGAAUUCGAAUCAUUAAUGGAUGA